AUGUGGCGAGAUGUGCGCCACAAUUCUCCCCUUUUCCUCCAGCAUAAAGUCGAUUCGCUUGGUGAGGCUCAAACACCGUAUAUUGUCAAGAUCUUUGAUCCCCGCUUCAUGCGCAACGCUCGUCGGUGUCCGUGGCGCCACAUCGCAGAAGCCAAGGCAGCUCGCAUUCACGGUGGGCAGCUGCAGUUCGAUCCACGCGAGCGGCCGGAUGGGCCAGAUGUAGACUAUGAAGAGAGCCCGCAGAAGUGUGAACUUGCCCACUUUCGGGUCGCGGCGUGGAUGCACCACAACGAGUGCCUCGCAUACAAGCAUCUUGCGCGUCUCCAAGGAUCUACAGUGCCGAUAUUCUACGGGUCUGGUACAUUGGACCUAUCCGGGACCAAACCACCUCGCGCUGUCAACCCAUUUGUCAUUUUCCUGGAAUACAUCCACGACGCCAUUCCGCUGGCUACGAUCGAUCCUCUACGCCUCACAGAGCCCCUGAUGCGCUCCUUUAUCAACAGCGGUGAUUGCCUCAGCAGCGAAGGAGUUAUCGAUGCGGGUGCAAGUUGGGCGGACAUUCUCCUUGUUCCUGCGCACAACCCCACCCGGGUCGUUGUCAUUGAUUUUGCGAAUUCUUGGACACGAGAUGCAGCUGCCGAUGGGGGGGAUUGGGAGGGCGGGAAGAGGGAGUGGCCCAUGGAACAGCCACGAAAGGCUAUGCUUUCUGUUAAGUUUAAAACCGCUGCCUUUCACAACAGUCUGCCUGUUCCGGAUGUUGUCGAGCUACCUGUCUAUUAG